AUGGACUCACUAUUCCAGGACUUCGCGCAGGCAAACAACACCUUGAAUGGCUACCUGCUAGCCACCACAAUCUCGCCAGUUCCACCUCAUUCGGACCCAGCUCGACUGUAUAACUUUAGUCGCUCAGCCAACUCCUACUCCAUCCAGACAGACCUUCGCUACAAGCUCCAGUACAAUCCCGACAUUCAGCUGGACAGAAAAGAAGCCAAUGCUUGGCUCGAAGUCUACACUGCCUUCUACUCCUUCGUGGGCACCUUGCUCGCCGCGGAAGAGACUCAGAAUGCAGGACGAGCUCGAGAAGCAGAUUGGGCGCGAGUAUACGACGGUUGGAAGGAGGUGGUGAAUGCUCUGCUCAAGGGCUACCAAAGCAGCAUGUUUGCAGUGUGGACAAUCCCAUGUCUCUACACCGCUGGCAGAUACCUUCGCGUAUUCGCCAUCAAAGCCGAUGAGUCGAUUGCUUCGCAGCGUGACUCGGGGCUCGCGUUCGGCGGCAUCCAAGAAGAGGAUGCGUUCAAUCCGGACAGUAAGCACGAGAAGCUUGAAGAUGCAGCCCGGCAGAUUAAUCGUAUCUUCGCCCUCUGCACCAGUGACAGGGCUCCCCUCGAACAAAGCCGUAAAUGGGCUCUCUACUACACCGCCACCCUCCUCUUCAAAACCUACUUCAAACUCAACAGCAUCAGCCUCUGCAAAGUCAUCCUGCGCUCUCUCCGCGCCGCCGCAGACUCCGACAUGCCACCACUCGCCGCCUUUCCCAAAGCCCACCAAGUCAGUUUCAAAUACUACUCCGCCGUCAUUCACUUCCUCGAGGAAGACUACGUCACCGCCGAAGCGCUGUUGACAGACGCAUGGGAGCAAUGCCUAAGAACGACCAACGGAGCAAGCAAAAACCUCGAGUUGAUCCUUACCUACCUCAUCCCCACUCGCCUACUGACCGCACACAAACUUCCCUCCAAAGCCCUCUUGGCGCCCUACCCGCGUCUCGCGGCGCUCUUCGAUCCCAUCACCUCCUCCAUCCGCGCCGCCGAUUUGACUGCUUUCAAUGCGGCCAUGGAAGCCGGCGAGGAAGAAUUCGUCAAACGCCGCAUCUACCUCACCCUCGAACGCGGCCGCGAUAUCAUUUUGCGAAACGUGUUUCGCAAGGUGUUCAUCGCCGGCGGCUUCGAGGGAGCCAAGGAGGCCAACGGAGGCGACGGUACUCCCACCGCUGCGAGUGGCUCUGCCACCCCACUGGUGAGGAGGACAAGAGUGCCGGUGAACGAGUUUGCCGCUGCUCUGCAAUUGGCUGGAGCGGAGGUCGGAGAUGGCGAGGGCGGGGUGGAUGGGGAUGAGGUGGAGUGCUUGAUUGCCAAUGCUAUGUAUAAGAACCUGAUGAAAGGCUACAUCGCGCGCGAGCGAGGCAUUGUGGUGCUCAGCAAGGCCGGCGCAUUCCCAGGGACAGGUGUUUGA